AUGCUUGAAUGUAUGGAUAGCAUCAAGGACUGGAGAAUGACGGAAGGUCGACAAGAGUUAUUGGGGUACUUUAUCCUUCGCGAACCUGCUAUCGCUACCGUACCUCGAUUCUGGAAGUUACCGAGAAAUUUCGCCGAGCCACGUCUCGCGACGAAAUCGUCUACUGGUGGACUUUGCAUUAUUUGCUUCAUCCAUGAUUAA